GUAAAAUACAGUUCAAUGCAACAAAAAACUUAAAAGCCGCUCGCUCACUCACACCGUAGUCAAGCUUUAGCAUACAACUUCUGCGUAGGUGCUCUAGUUUUGGUACGUGUUGUUGAAAUACACCGUGCAUAUACUACAUACCACCCCACACCCAGUUUAUGUACAUUUAUAUAUAUAUAGCAUAAUACUAGCUUACAUAAUAAAUAAACAUGUCCGCUCCUAAAGACCAACCCGAGGCUCAGGCUUCGUCGCCAAACCCUACUUCUGGGUCACCCACACCCGCUGCAUCUGUACCCGGUGCACAGUUGGCUUCAGAUCAAUCUGCGGCAGCAAACUCCACAAAUACAUCUCUGUACGUAGGUGACCUUCAUCCCGAUGUAACUGAGGCACAUCUGUUCGAGGUGUUCAACGCUGUUGGACCCGUUGCGUCUAUCCGUGUGUGCCGUGACACCAUCACACGUCGUUCGCUCGGAUACGCAUACAUCAACUUCCACAACGCAGUAGAUGCUGACAGAGCACUUGACACAAUGAACUAUGUCCCCAUUAAGAACCGUCCAUGUCGUAUCAUGUGGUCGCAACGCGAUCCUGCCAUGCGCAAGUCUGGUGCCGGUAACAUCUUCAUCAAGAACCUAGAGAAGACAAUUGACAACAAAGCCCUAUAUGACACUUUCAGUGCCUUCGGAAAUAUCCUGUCGUGCAAGGUCGUAGAAGACGAGCAGAACAAUUCGCGUGGGUUCGGAUUCGUGCACUUUGAGACAGAAGAGGCCGCACAGCUGGCCAUUGAGAAGGUUAACGGCAUGAUGUUGCUGGGCAAGCAGGUAUACGUGGGUAUUUUUAAGCCCAAGAAGGAGCGUGAUGGAGAGAAGGGUGAUAAACAACAGACGUUCAACAACGUAUUUGUGAAGAAUCUGGCCGAUGAUGCUGGUGAUGAUGAGCUUAAGGCAGAGUUCGAGAAGUACGGUCCCAUUACGUCGUGUGUUAUUGCGAGAGACGACGAGGGCAAGUCGAAGGGCUUUGGUUUCAUCUGUUUCGAAGAGCCUGAGCACGCCGGAAAGGCGGUAGAAGAGAUGAACGAGACGGAGUUCAAGGGCAAGCCAUUGUUUGUUGCGCGUCACCAAAAGAAGAACGAGCGCGAGAAUGAAUUGCGCGCCAAGUUCGACAACCUCAAGCUGGAACGGGCCAAUAAAUACCAGGGCGUAAACCUAUACAUAAAGAAUCUGGACGAUGACAUCGACGAAGAUAGACUCAGACAAGAGUUCGCACCCUUCGGUACCAUCACAUCGCACAGAAUCUCACGGGAUGCACAGAAGAACCAGUCACGUGGAUUUGGGUUCGUGUGCUUCUCCUCACCCGAGGAGGCGACCAAGGCCGUCACUGAGAUGAACGGCAAGCUGCUGGGUAACAAGCCCCUGUACGUAGCCCUAGCACAGCGCAAGGACGAGAGACAGUCGCAACUGGCCAUGCAAUACGCCCAGCGCGCACCUUCCAUGCGUAUGCCCGGACAAAUGGGUACCGGUCCUCUUUACGCGUCAGGUGCACCACUAUUCUACACCGGGCCGGGCAUGCAGGGCCGCCCAGGUAUGGUGUAUCCCCCUCAGAUGAAUGUACGACCCCGAUGGGUACCUCCUCAGGCAGGAGGCGCACGCCCCGGAUUCAGUGGUAUGCAAGGCUACCUACCCGGAGGGGGUGUACAGGGUAUGCAACACGCCCAGAACCCGCAACAAAGAGGGGUGGGCCCACGAGGACAGAGACCUGUGGUCAACAGACCAGGACAGCAGGGCGGCCAGCCCAACAAGCAGAGAGGUGGCUUCAACUACUCGCCGAGUGUGCGUAACGUGCCCGGUGUAGGCGGACCUAUGAAUCAGUCAGCGGUGGGUGUCAUGCCUGCGGCAGUGCCCCCCGUCAUUCCGGGACAGGAGCCUCUAACGUCUUCUAUGCUAGCACAAGCCUCACCGGAGGACCAAACCCAGAUGCUCGGCGAGCGUCUGUAUCCAAUGAUCGCGUCACAACACCCUGAGCAGGCUGGAAAAAUCACCGGUAUGCUGUUAGAGAUGGACAAGAGCGAACUGCUGCACCUCCUCGAGAGCAGGGAAGCCCUCAACCAGAAGGUUGACGAGGCUGUGGCUGUUCUUCAGGCGCACGUGACAUCUACACAAACGCCGGAACUUUGAGGAGCAAAAGGGGGGGGGGGAUGAUGCACAAUGUAGCUCAGCUGUUUGUCGAAUAAGAACAGUCUAGCCGCAUCGAUGUGUCCGAACAAAAAAAUAAAAAUACGUUCUCUCCCUGUA